UGCUCACACACACGCACAUGUUAUAUAUAUCUCGAGGGUUCCUCCGCUACUCCUCGUGCAUCCAUAUUUUAGCUACUUUGAUAAUUCUUUCUUACAGCGGCAUCCUAAUUGAAGCCGAUCUAGCCAGAUCGAGUUGGUUGAAAAAGAGGCGAGUGUGAGCUCGGCAGGAAGGGAUGGCGACUAAUUCUGUUCCAACACCUACUCCAAAACCAGUCGCUCGGGACCCCUGCAAGUUCGAAUUGAAGAAAUACAAGACCGUGUUUACAUGUUAUGUAUGUAUGGUGGAGAGCUACGAUACUGAAAGAUACCGGUGCAAUCACUGCGAUCGGGCUCGUCACAAGUGCUGCAUCCAGCUAAAAGAUGCUAUCCAACUCAAACCCGGGCCAAACCUCACAUUUAUCAACGGUUUCACGUUCACGCUCAAACCUAAACCACACACAGCGCCGGAUUCAAGAAAUCAAGAAUGGGCCGAUUACUGCAUCGUGUGCGGGAUGCUGAUCAAACACUACAGCUAUUACUACAGAAAGGACACAGAUAGAAAGGAUGUGAAUAUGCACCCGGGCUGUGCCGCACUCAUCGGGCACGAUGGUGAGGUUAAACCCCGGCCGUACGAGCUCCAGGUGAAGGAAAAGCCUAACUGUGUUUGGUGCGGCAAAAGACGACCCCAGGGGGCCCCUUGGGGGGCCCCAGCAGACUUUUUCUGUUGGUCGUACAAGUUAACGGACGGCAAGAACAACCGAAUCCAUGUCCACUGCUAUUCGGAAAUGGGGAUUCAGGCCUUGAAGAGCAUUGUUCAAUCAGACGACUAUGUUAGUGGUGAUGGUAGAAUAAACAUCAUCCUGAAACGGAGCCAGAAUCAUGAUGAAAAUAUAUUGGAUAAAAUAUUAAAGGAAGCAAUUAAAACGGUCCUGGAACUUGCAGUAGAUCCCACCCAAAUCAUAACAAGCUUUAUUGAUUGAUUAUGGAAUACAUGGGCCUUUAGUGUCUCAUGUGUAAUUUCUGCUCAAAAUUAAGGUUAAGCAUAUCUAAAUAAGCUGGGUUUGCAGCUGUACGUUGUAUCAUGUUAAUGUUCGUCUAUGUCUCGUCGUCAGUUGUACGUCUAUUGCUAUUUGUGUACGUUUGCAACACUUUGGCAUUAUCGUUAAUAAAUCUAUGUUAUACACUUAUAUGAUGAUAUAAA